AUGAAUUCGGUUUCGCUUCUCAUCUUAAGCCCAAAAACUGUGGAAAAAUCAAACGAAAUGUACAAAAGUGAACGAAACAACACAUCUGAGCGCCAAACGAGCACUCAAGAGCAGGCGGGGGGUCCGGGGGGUAAACCACCGACAUAUAAAAGACCCAGACUUUCCGAUAUAAACGCUGAGCUGACAUGCAUUCUAUGCAAUGGCUAUUUCAUCGACGCGACCACUAUUAGUGAAUGUCUUCACUCUUUCUGCAAAUCAUGUAUUGUUAAGUAUUUGCUAACAAACAAAUGCUGUCCAAUAUGUGAGACACAAGUCCACGGAACUAAACCACUCCUCAGUAUCAGAUCUGAUAAGAUAUUGCAGGACAUCGUCUAUAAACUAAUACCCGAUGUCUUCAAAAACGAAAUGCAUAGAAGACGUGAUUAUUACACGACAAAUACAGAAGCGGUUCCCGUAUCGGCUGAGGACAGGGGAGAAGUGGUCGAUCACCGCAUGUUUUAUAUGGCGAACGAUAAAAUCAGUUUAUCUCUUGAAUACGGAUACGGAGAGAACCAAACGCCUGAAAAUGGAUAUAAAGCCAGUGCUGGCAAUACGUCCAGCGCUGAGAAACACAGUCUCUCUGAGAGUCUGGGCGUUGAGGCAGAGUCUAUGAAACGCUAUUUGUUAUGUCCGGCCGGUCUGUCUGUUCUGCACCUCAAGAAGUUCAUUGUGAAGAAGUAUGGAUUGCCGACAACCUAUAGAGUGGAUGUGAUGUAUUUGGAGGACAUCCUAAGCGAUGACAUUACGCUUAUGGACGUGGCGUACAUUUACGACUGGAAAAGGAGCGAUCCGAUGCGUCUGUUUUAUCGCAUAAGUGAACGACCGAUAAAGCGAUUGAAGACAACACAUCCACUAAACAUUGAAUCUAAGAGUGGGAGUGGAGGCAGUGUUAACAGUGCUAACAGUGACACAAGUAAUGCCAAUAACCAUAACCACAAUAAUAAUAAUGCGAGUGUGAGUCAAAGCAAACUAGUCGGUGCACAUCCAGCAUCCAGUCGCUCAUCACAGAACAGCACAUCCACUAUCAUAAUGACAGGUGCGGCUCCAGUGCCCACAACAGCGCCACUCAAGGCACACAAUAGUGGCGCAAAUGGCGUGACAUCAGGCAAGGGAUCUACUGUUACGCCCAAACUUGCGGAUACAGCGAAAGGCGCCUCAAACACAAUCCCUAUCCCUACUACACCUCCGGGGAUAUUAAAGUCUAAAUCAACGCAUACUAUGAGCGCCAGUGCUCUACAAACGGAUGAACCGCCGAAGAAAUUGAGAAAAAUAUUGCCGGCAAACAGUGCACUGACGCCCAAACCGGUGCCCAUCGCUAAGGCUAACAGUGCUAUCACUGCCAACACAACCAGCGCUUCAAUACUGCCCUCCAAUACGAGCACCACAUCCACAGUGAAUAGUCUCCGUCAGUGCAGAAUCAAUACGGAUAAGAGUAAACUCAGCUCUUCUUCAAGUGUUGGUCCCGUCUCUAAGACUAACGCAUCCGAAAGCCAACCAAACGUUGCAAUUAAUGCCGGAUUAAGUGCUGAAACAACGACCAAACAGGAUAUAAAGGAUACCAAAAGUGUUAACCCCAGCAGUGAUAGUGUGACCACAAAACGGAAUACAAGCCGUAAAUCGUCAGCAUUUGAUGUCCGAACACUUAUUGGCACUAAAUCUCCAACACUUCCCUACAAUCGAACCACAGAACAGCUCUUUAGUGACAAUGAGUUCACUAAAGGCAACGAUUCAAAGGAUAUUCACCACAAGAACAGCACCUCUGAUACAAAGAGCGCUUCACAAGCAGUCAAGCAAUCAAAAGGUCGUGAUGUGAACCGCAAUAGACUUAAUACAAGUCAGAGCUUAAUAUCAUCGACUCCUUCGUCGAUAACAUCCAUCUCUACUAAUAAUUCAAAACAGGAAUCAAUGGUAACGUCGAGACCACACACUAAGAGCGCACCUAUUGAUAGAGAGGUGACACAUGAGAGCUCGCUCUCCAGUCCCUCACAUGCGGUCAAAAAUCAGUGCAAAAGUGGCACCAAUUCAGCCACUCUUAAGCAAACCAACGCUAAACCUAUGAAACAAUCGCUAAACGAUAUAUCAGUGAAGAAUUGCAACACAAACAGAGAUAAGGCAUUUGACAUAACAAACAAAAUAUUAGCCGCAAAACCAAUAAAUGGUUUAAAGAGUGGUUCACAAACACAGUCCACUCCAACUCAACGCCAAUCAAAUCCAUUAUCGCCGCCACCCAUUCGGAUAAAACUUUCUCCGCCGCCACCGCAGACCACAUCCACUAACAAGAGUUGUACCAAAUCGGCGGCUCUCCCAUCGGCUUCAAUCAUUCAGACGGACGGCAAACAUAAAGUACAAAAACAAUCGAUCGAAGAAUCAGACGCUAAGAAGCAGUUAUCAGAUCCACGGAUAACGACAACGACAGACAAACUCCACAAACCAAUUGAACACAUUUCCAAUCACUCACUCUCUAAGUCAGGCAUAAGUCAGUCGUCUAACAAAACGAAAGGCGCGUCUAUUAAUCAAAUAGUGAGUAAAAUAGCAUCUGGUGUUACGGCGAAGAGCGCCAGCGUUAACGUGACCAGCAGUACUCCUACCCUUCAAUUGACUAACAAUAGCACCAGUAGUACACAACUCACCUCCACUUCCCAUACGGUUACGCCUAACCAUCGCAACGACCAUAAAGUGAACACCACUACCGGCGAGACCGGUCUCGUCGGCUCUUCCACUCACACCGAGAGUGGCGUCAAAUCUGUGACCAGUUCUGGCAUUAAUUCGGGUAAUUUAGUGAUACGUAUCUCAACCAAGACUCACAGCGUUGAGAGUCUGGUCUCUCCCAAGGAUAAGAGCGCUCAUCAAAAAAUCAAUAAUAAAUGCGAAACGAAAAGAGAUGUUUCAAAUUCAAGCGCUAACUCCUCAUCCAAAUCCAGUUCUAGCGCUUCAGAGAUCACUCACUCUCACAGCGAUUGCAAAACUACUAAAACCAGUGCUAAUGAAUCGCUUAAUGAAAUUAAGGAUAAAACUGUUAAAAAAGAGAGCGAAAACACAAAAAGUGUCGACUCUUUGCGAAUUAACAGCAAUUCAGGCAAUAAUAGUAAUGGAGAAGAAGACGAUGACGAGGACGACAUGAAACUAGUGGUUGAUAUGCCUAAUGAGGACAGUUGUGAGAAUGAUAUCAUUACUGCUAAAGACAAGGCUGAGGACAAGCACUCCAUGAGAUCUGAAAGCAAUGAUGUGUCCCUCAGAUCUGCAUCGAGUCCUCUGUUAACAGUCAGAUCCAGAGUUCCAUCCCAUAUAUCAACCAAAUUGGCGAUUAGUAUCACUUCCGGCACUACAUUAUCCGCAAACUCUGCUGUCCUAACCUCUCCUCCACCCACACCUACUCCUAGUCCUAAGUCAGAGAGUGAUCCGAGCGUUUCCAACGAAACUAAACCCAAUUCUUCAACUAAUGGACCGUUGGAUCUGUCGAUGUCUACUAAAAAGGAUAGACAACAGCAAAGAGCGAGUCCAGCGCCAGUUCGCGCUAUUUAUGACAUCCCUCCCUCCAAACCCAAACAGUGUGUCAAUCCAGCGGUUCUCGACAAACAUAGGGGUCUUUUCACCACAGCCUCGACACCCAAACAACAGUACCAGUCGUUCAAAAUAAUGAACUCCCAGUCGUCGCAAGACGUCAGGUCGAGCUCCGGAUCUUCUGCACAGAGACCUAAUGCUGAACACAAAAAGAAUCGAUCCAUUUCUUCACCGGUUAUAUCAAGUAAUACGACGUCAGGUAAUCAUCAGGUGAACAGUUCCCGACACCGGUCUGUCUCCCAUAGUGGGAGUCACCAUCACAGCAGUCAUCAUAAUCACAAUCAAAAGAACUAUUCGGUGAUAACUCCAGACCCGCGCCGAUACUCUCCUAAGAUUGUCAUCCGAAAUAUUGGUUCCCCUCCUUCGACAACCUCUCACUUCAAUUAUCCGACCCAUCGCUGAAUGAUUGCAAAAACAAUGGACACAAAACUCUGAAUCAAUCCGUUUGAUAGUAAUUAGGAAUUGGAGCCCAUAUUGUCAUUCGGAUAACCCCUCAACACUUCUAUCAUAGCUUAUUAUA